AAACAAUAAAAUAACAAAUCUCGGCAAAUGAUACUAUAACAUGUCAACAGAUACCAUGAACCUCACCACAUAAGAACACAAUUACGAACCGUAUCCGUAUCAAACAAAUGAAGCGAGUACGAUUUCUAAAUUUUCCCGCCCUAAUGGGGAACAGUUUCUCUCUCCUUAUUUAAAUUCCAGUCUCUUAACGAUUCUGUCCUCGUCCUCAAAGAAAUUACAGGUACCGCCAGCAAUCUGAAAUUGAAGUAAACUGAAAUCAUGACCGAGACUACUUUGAGAGAAGAAACCACUGUUGUUAGUGUUGUGAAUACGAAGAAGUCGAAGUUGAGGUAUCCGCAACGAUCGGCGAGCAAACCGAAGGUGGAAAAGGUGUCAGUGGUUGAAUCUUCGAAUUCUUCUGUCCCUAGGAGGGGAAGAACGGCAUCAACCGUAAGUAAAAGUGAGAGAUUUCUUGAUCUGUCUGGCAAGGGAAAAACUGCUAAGCCACCUAGAAGGCUUUCUAUUACUGCCAAGUCAACAGUGGGUUCAGUUCCAAAAUCAGUUGGCAACAUCACCCCAAUUUCCGAGAUUAGAGCUACGAGAUUGGUUAAUACUCAGGGGAAAAACGAAACACCUCUAUCUGAUGUUUCUAGAGCAUCAAGCCAAAGAAGGUUUAGUGCUCUGUCAUCAGCAUUGUAUUGGCUUUCACAGAUUAAGCUAUCUGAAUCUGCUGCUAAGCACUCUAUUUCACUGGGGUUUUUCAAACUUGCCUCGGAAGCCAGAUGUGAGCCUCUUAAUCGAAUGCGGGAUGAACUCAAAUCCUAUACUCGUCGUCAUAACCUUGGUGAACUCGAAGAAUCUGUUAAAGAAUUAUUUGAGAGCUAUAACAUAUCAGAAACUUCAGAGCAACUGCAAGUCUCUGAAAUCUUCUCUCAGGUGCCUGAAGAGGGGAAUCGCUCAUCUGAUGAUGAGGUUCACAGCUCUUCUUGUACAAUCGGAACUAGGAAACUAAAACCCAAAUCCUUGAACACUGAUGAUGCUAAAGUUUCAUCAGUCACUGUAUCAGCCAAGAAGGAGGCUACCACAAAGAAAAAUCCUGCAACCAGGACCAAGGCUUCUUUGAGUAGGAAUUCUGCAAAUGCAAGAUCAAUUGCAGAAACACGAAAUGGUAAGACACAUAAGAAGCCGCGGAAGCCAACUAAACCUGAGACCAAUAAAGGGAAAGACAGUGUUAAGCAGGGAAAGAAGUCUACGGAGGAGGAAGGUUCAGUUAGUCCCUCACUUUUAGGGAAAGUUGAAGAGAACAAAGAAAACAUGGGUUCGAAGCCAGUGAAAGAUAUGUGUGUCUGAGUGAUAUGUGCAGACAUUUUAAUCCAGAAACGCCGGAUCAUAUCAUUGCAUACAAUUUUAGAGUUUCUUCAGUGUUUAGUUGUCGGUGGUUUCUUUUGUAUGGGAAGAGUGAAAAAGAAAAAAAAGGAAAUUUUAUUUAUUCGUCGUUGGAUGAUUAAACUGAACUUGCGUGUCCACUAUUACAGAAUCAAUUGUUUACAACUUAAAGUAGAGGGAUGUAUAAAUUUUAAUUUGAUGUAAUCUUGGUCGAGCUUAAAUAAAGUUUUGGUUUGUUUU